UUGGUGAUGUACGACAGCGCUAGCUGUUCGUACGCAGGUGCGCUCGAAUUAAAGGGAGCCUCCGGGGCCGGAGCCGCGGCCGCGGCCGCCGCUGGUGUAACCGCGGCCGGCGUUAAGCAGGAGAACUGGCCAUACCGCGGCCUCACUUGCGGCAGCACCUUUCAACGACUCAAAGAAAGCGUCGACAAGGCGAAACAGGCCCUCGCCGAUCGCAGUGGUUACCUGGCGGGUGCGUUUUCGCCGCCUCCGCGCGCCAACCCGUCCGCCAUUUCGCCCACCGCUUCCAUCACCGAUGCUAGCAGCUCUUAUAAGGGAGGUUGGAGCCACGCCACGUCGCCGGCACCUGGUCAGGGCUAUGGAAGCAGCUUAUCAAAGACAGCACUGGACACGCACAGCCAUCUCAGGCAGCCUGAUCCCUAUCAAAUGUUCGGGGCGACGAGCAGUCGGCUCGCAAGCUCUGGUUCCGGACAGAUACAACUCUGGCAGUUUCUACUCGAGCUUUUGUCGGAUUCAAGUAACGCCGCGUGUAUCACGUGGGAAGGAACCAAUGGUGAAUUCAAGUUGACCGAUCCCGACGAGGUGGCGAGACGAUGGGGCGAAAGGAAGUCCAAGCCUAAUAUGAAUUAUGACAAAUUGUCGAGGGCCUUGAGGUACUAUUACGACAAGAACAUCAUGACGAAGGUGCACGGCAAGAGGUACGCGUACAAGUUCGAUUUCCAGGGGCUGGCAGCCGCGACGCAGCCGGCGGCGGCCGAUCCGGCGGCGUACAAAUACCAGAGCGAGCUCUUCAUGUCCGGUUACGGUCACGCCAAGCUGAACCUGAUGCCGCCGCCGGCGGCGUCGGUCUCAGUUUCCGUUCCCGGCGGCCUCUUCCAAUCGGCAUCGAGCUACUGGUCGACGAGCCCGGGCGCCAACUUGUAUGCCGGCCAUCACACGGCCUCCGGACACGUGCCACCUCAUCUCGGCACCUAUCCGCAUUACGCAUGA